AUGUACACAGUGGCGCAAUUAUCGGGAGUGUUGGAUAAUAAUAAUACCAAUUGUGAAUGUGAAUCAAUUGAAUCUGUUGCUCAAGUUGUUGAUACUGAAGUAGUUAAUGUUACUGAUGUUGAACAAAUAGCUAAUGCAAGAUUCAACGAAUUGAAUUUAAAGAAUGAAUAUCCAACUGAUAGAGUUCAUUUUAAUGAAAAUAUCAAUGAUAGUAAUAUUAAAAGAUCUAUUUUGGCUUAUGGGCCUUGUCGACCAAAUAUAGCUUUUCCUAGUAGUGCACAUGAAGAUGGUAAUACCUAUAAAUUCUCUUCCUACUUUUACUCAAUGACAUUAAAAUCUGGUAUUAAAGUUCAAAGAUUUUGGUUGUGCUACUCAGUUGGAUUGAAUGUAGCCUACUGUGAAACAUGUUGGUUAUUUGCCAACCGACAAUAUUCUUAUUAUAAUACUGCAUGGAUUAAUGGAGUUGAUGACUGGAGACAUUUGACAUUUAAAAUUGAUAAGCAUGAGAAAUCCAUUCAACAUAUUGAUGCUGGGAAGAUUCGUUAUAACUGGGAAAAAAAUUUUACAAUUGACAAAGUUACAGAAAAACAAUAUUCAGAUGAAGCUACCUAUUGGAGGGAAGUACUAACACGAAUAAUUAAAGUGAUUUUAUCAUUAACAGCUGGGAACACAGCACUCAGAGGACAUGAGCAUAAAAAUAAUGAUGGUUUAACUACAAGUGAAGGAAAUUUUAUGAGGACCAUAAAGCUUUUAUCAGAGUUUGAUCCAAUAAUGAACAAUUUGUUAAAUGAUGAAAAAAAAAAAAUUAAGUACCUCAGUUGGCAAGUGCAAAAUGAAAUAAUUGAAAUAUUAGCUACAAGUACACAAAGAUUACUCUGUAAGGAAAUACAAAAUGCCCAGUGUUUUUCAAUUAUCAUGGAUUCUACACAAGACAUUAAUAAAAUUGACCAAGUUAGUGUUGUGAUUAGAUAUGUAGUGCUUGACUAUGAAUUGAGAACAUUAAAAAUUGAAGAGUCAUUUAUGGGUUUUUUUGCAAUUGAUCAACAUGGAGCCAAAAAUUAUGAAAAAUUAUUGACUGAUGUUUUAUUGAAAUUGGAACUGGAUGUCAAAAAGUGUAAAGGACAAGGAUACGAUGGAGCAGCUGUGAUGAGUGGCAUUUAUUCUGGAGUACAGAAAAGAAUUAGAGAUAUAGUUCCAAAUGCAUUUUAUGUUCACUGCUGCUCACAUAACUUGAAUUUAGUUAUAUCAGAUGCGGUUAAGACUACUGAAAAAGCUUUACAUUUCUUUAAUACAGUUCAGGCAAUAUUUGUAUUUUUUAGUUCCAGUGCCCCCAGAUGGUCAACUCUUGCUUUCGGAGAAGAUGUAUCUAGUAAAAUUAAACAAAAGGUAUUGAAAAAAGUUUGUCCAACCCGUUGGGAAUCUCGACAUGAGUCAAUAUAUCCUUUAAAAGUAAGAUUUAAAGAUGUUUUGAAAUCCUUAUCAAAUAUAUCAUUAACCAGUCAAAAAAAAGAGGAAAGGUCUGCUAAUACAGUAUUAUUUCAAAUAAAUUCUAGAUUUGAAGGCUUAAAAAAAGUUAAUGACCAUUUCCAUUUUCUACAUCCAUCAAUAUUAGUUUCAAGUAAAGAAGAAGAAAUAGUCAAAGCUUCUUAUGAUUUUGUACAAUUAUAUCAUGAUGACAUAAGUCCAGAUUUUACACGUCAAUUAUUAUCCAUAAAAGAAUUUUGCUUCGGCAGAGAGAUCUUUCUCAAAAUUAAAAUUGAUAAAGAAUUACCUGCGAAACUCAAUUGGCCAAGAUCGUCUUUCCAACAUCAGUAUAUUAAACAUAGAAAAAGAAAAAACAGCUGA